AUGGCCAUGCGUGGCGCCCGCCGGGCUCGUGCAAUGGUCAACGGCGUGGAGCCCGCGAUUGCAGGGCCCACUCGCGGCGACGAGACAGACGCCUGCGCCUUCGUUUACAACAGCCACGAGAGUACGGGCACGCUGCCGUCACACCACUGCGACCACGAAGGGGCCAACGGCCAGCAGAACGGCCAGUGGAACAAGCAGCGCUCCAACUGGAACGAGCAGACCACCAACUGGGGCCAGCAGCGUCCUGACGGGAACCAGCUGAGCCACGGGAAUCAGAGGAACUCCUACGACCACCAGCAGCGCGACGAGGAACAGGCGCCGACGGCCCACGGGCCGGAGACCGUUGGCCCCCGCUGGGGGGCGCCAGCACUCUUGCCGGCUUCGGGUGCCACUGCAGACGUCACGGAGCCGCCCGAGGCCGGCGAGAACCGGCAGAGCGUUUGCAGCCAGACUUUCCAGGGCAAUGGGCCAGAGGACCAACAGAGCAACCUCAGCCAGUCCUCCCCAGACAACCUGAAGAAGGAGCGCUGCUACCCAGAGCGCCAUCUUUACUGCGACCGGGACCAGCAGAGCAGCCUCUGGCGCCAGCACGGCAACCAAGAGAACCAGAACAGCUGCGACCUGAACGCGCAGAGCAAGACGCAUGCCACCUCGAGAUAUCCUGUCCGGGCACCGAACUGGAGCUACGACCGCGCGGUCUACAGCCAGCUGCGGGCAACCAUCCGGACCACCGAGAACAACAUGAACGAGCUCAAGAAGCGCGACGGCAUACCGGACCAGGCCGAGCGGGGCAAGCGCUUCUCGGCAGGGCAACAGGCUCGGAGCGCGGUGAAGGAGCUGCUCGGUGGCGGCCGGCCCGAGUUGGAGGAGCCGUGCGGCCGGGCACAGAUGCUGGCGUGCCUCUACAUCCAGCUGUUCUACAUGUUCCGCUCGCUGCGGCAGGAAGAGCCGGAGGUUGUCGCGGUCGCGGCCGCCUUCCUGGCGUGCAAGGUGGAGGACGUGCACAUCAAGAUGCGGGACCUCUUGCGCACCUACAACCUGCAGCGCACCCG